CCGCACCCCUCGACUACAGACCUGCCAGUGGGGGAGAGGUAUGCAUGGGCUCCACCACAGCUGGACCAAAUGUCUGUGGUGAAGUGGAUGGACAUCCAGGCUGCGCCAUCUAGCAACUUCUCCACUCUUUUCCUGCAGCCCCGAUACAGGGAUGGCACCACCAUCCUGGAGAAGGUGGUAUGAGAGAAGUCCUUGUAGUGGGGAGACACAGCACCAUCAAGUGACAAAACCCUUCCUGCUCCACUAUCAAAGACUGGUAGUCAAGAGCCAGCAUCUCUUCCAGACACUGGGUGAUCUCCCUAGCAGUGGGCAGCUUGCCACCCACACUGCCCUUGCCCCUGGACAUGCUUCACUGCUCAAGGGAGGCCUGCCGGAGGACUGGCAGGAGCCUUGCUGCUGCUGCUUGUUUCUGCCUCCAUCUGUCCCAGAUUCAGGAGCCAUCCCAACCUGCAGGAGGUUGUUGUAGCCUGGUCAGAUUCUGAGUGCUAUGAAGAUGAGGAAGGUGAUACUGGAAUAAGUUAAGAGGGACCAAAGGAGGAUAGAAGUGGCCUAGCUAGAGUUGUUUUGGAAUCUCCUGGCAGUUCCAACGAGACUGGAGAAAGCGAUAUCAGUUCUCAUGAGAACCUGCUAGAAGUGCAAGCUGAGAGAAAUGUGGGAGACAAAUGUUUGUUUAGGUCAAGGCACUUGGAAUUACAAAGACAGAGCAUACAACAAAGACAGGCUCACUUUUUCCCAGAGAACUAGUGAUAAGGAGAGGAAUAGCAGGUGUAUGAGAAAUGAUGUUAUGGGAGAGACCUGAGACCUUUUUAAGUGGUUCCUGCUGGCACAAUCAUUUGUGAGAGCAAUGUUGUAUUGAGGUGAACAGCUCUCAGUUUUUGGUCCUAUGUUCUUGGAAUUCAUGUAUUCAAGUUUUUAAGUUUGUUCUUGCUUCUAGUUCAUGUGUGGCAUAGGUUGCCUGCCUUGGAUUCAUGCUAUCUUGUUUAUGGAUAUAUUUGUGGAUUGACCCUAAAGACUGUACAGUGUUCCCUCACUUAUCGCUGGGGUUAGGUUCCAGGACCACCAGCAAUAAGUGAAAAUCCGCGAAGUAGGGACACUAUAUUUAUUUUAAUAUUUAUACAUUACUUUAGUAUUUAUACACUAUUUUAAGUCUUUAUCAACAAUUGUGUGUUGAUAAAUCGCCUCCUUCUCCUCCUGUUGCCGCUUGGGCUCCUUUUCUCUUCCUUUGGCUUCUCCUUCCUCCCUUACUUAGGCUGUAAAUUGUAAUUUUUUAUGAUUUAUAAUAGUAUUUUAGAGUUUAUUGAAAAACCACGAAACAGCAAAUCCGCGGAAAGUGAACUGCGAAGUAGUGAGGGAACACUGUAUUUGAAAGGAUUUUGGACACUCGGCUAUCUUGGAAUUAACCUUUUGAACUUUCUCUUUUUUGAAUUUGCUUAUUUUUAUAUAUACUCUUCUUGAAAUAAACUUCUACUUACUGGAUAACCUGGACAGAGUGUGGUUUGAGGUGAAAAGGUGUUUCAGGACUCUGGGAGGCAAUGGGGUGGUGCCUCUUAAGAUGCAGUCAUUUGACAAAUGCUUGAGGUCUUUCUCCCUGCUGACACAGGGGAGAUUGCAUCUCAAAACCUUCCUCUCUACCAACUCCUGCACAAUCUCUACUAUUUCCUCCAGGGGCAGAUCCAGCUGUGUCUCCUCUGACUGCUCACAGGAAUUAAUGAUGGACAGCACUGCCAACCCAGAUUGAGACGCUCCUUCAGCAGCAAGAGAGAUCCUUUUAAUUUUAGUGAGUGUGGGAGGAGCAGAAGCACCUCUCCCUUUUGCUGCUCUCAAAGCCUGGCCAGUGCCACUAAACCCAGCAGCAGCACCCACACCAAGGCCAUGCCCCAUUAUAAUUAAUAUAUAUAAUUAUUUAUAUAUCGAUAUCUAGAUCUAUAUAGGUGUGUGUGUGAAAUGUUUGUACGCACCACUUGUGCAAAAGGCACACACAAAGCAGAAAAAGGAAAAAUACCGAAGACAGAGUAGAACAAACGUGAGAAAGGUGGGUUUUUUUUGUAUUUUUAAAAUAUAGCGAGGGCGGGGUGCACAGACCAGCAUACAGCACACAUCACAGACACAAGCUGAAGAAUUGAUGAAGGGAAGCGGGGCUGUAAAGGGCUUUAGAGAGGGAGUAGCACUAUGGAAUUUUUAGAAAAAAUGUUUGGUGCAACAGAGGAAUAGGAACAAAACAGAAAUCAGGACUGUUAAAAAGGCUAGGCUAGUAACUGCACACAGAGAAGAACAGAGCUCUAAAAGACAGGUCUAAUUUCUCCAAAUGCUAACUCUCCACAGAAGCUGAGCCUGGGGCUCCUCCCCUUUGCAGAAACUUUGCAAAAAGCUCUAGUUGUCUGACAAGUGAAAAAAAUGGCAUGCCGUGGUCAAUCACAUCCACCUGGCACUCUCCCUCUCACCCCAGAAAAUUGUUGCAUUUCCUAAUACAGAACUUCAGCCUGCAACAUUCAGAAUUUCUAAAUCUUUCCAAAAUAUUAUGGGAGCGGCUGUUUACUUUUGGAAAGAUUCAGAAGCUGGUUUGCUAGUGCGGUUUUCGAGGUUUUGUUAGUCUCGAUUGCUGAAUCUUCCAAAAUCUGAAACAACAUCCAGAAUUUAGCAUACCUCUAGUAGGUUAAAAACAAUAAAUUGUUCAAGUUUGCUUGUAAAAAUGUCAACUCACUAGAAGCAACAGAUAUACAUAUUCUUGUCAGAAAUGCCUAUGAAGAACAAAUACUGACUAUAAUGCUAUCCAAUACAGAUUCAAGGAAAUAUAUGUUUCCUCACUCUUGCAUACCUAUAGAUUUUAUUUUUAAUUUGAUGUAGACUUGUACCUGAAGUAUAUUUUGCAAUAAGAGUUCAGAACUGUCCAGUAGUUUUGCCAGUUUAGCAACUGUUCAACAUGUGUAUACUUUUAAUUAUUUUAAUUAUUUUCUCCUGCAAUCAUACAGGUGACUUAGAAGAACUAUUUCUCCUGGGGAUGCUUGGGACGGAGUGCUUUAACACCUGAGUUCCUACCUAAAGUAAUCCAGGAUAUAAUGUUCUGCUUUCACAUAAAAUGUAAUGUGAAAUUCAGCAAAUGACUCUGAUCUUCCUUUUCUUCUUCUUCUUCUUCUUCUUCUUCUUCUUCUUCUUCUUCUUCUUCUUUUCUCCCUUUUCUUCUCCUUUUAAGGAGUGGCAGCACCUUCGUUCUGGAGGCACUUAAGUCUACGAUAAGACAAGAUCAGCUGAACUUGAAUAUCUUGUCACAUAUCCAAGCUGGUCAUGUUCAGAAUCCUGCUAAAUUAUAGCCUUAACCCCUUUUUUGAAUGUUGCUUGUAUAAUCAAAUCUAAUUGUAAGUGGGAGGAGAAUUAAAUGGGCCUCCCAAGGACAUUCUUAAAAAGCAGAGCGUUUGAAAUAUUUAUCCCCACAAUAGCAUAGCCAGUAGCUUUCUCUAUUGAGAGGCUGAGACUGAAGGAUCAACAUCAAAGAUAUUAAAUAAACCAGAAAACUUUUCAGGAAAAAAUAAUUUAUGUUGAUAUUACUAGUAAAUUAUCUAAUUUUAAAAUUAGAUAAUAGAUUGAACAGAACCAUGUUAAUCAUAAGAAGUAUCCUGGAUACCAUUGAAUUUCUGAUUUUAUUUUUCUAUUACUGUUUGGAGGCAUUCAUUCUAAUGUUUUUUUGUCUUCAAAAAAAUGUUGCUGGGAAAAUAGUGCUUGUCACAGGAUCUGCGAAUGGAGUUGGAAGAGAGGUUUCCAUAAAUUUGGCACGUCUUGGUUCCAUUCUCAUUCUCUGGGACAUUGACGAAGAAGGCAAUUGUGAAACAGCAGAGCUUGCCAAAGCCAAUGGGGCUCUAGCCGUUUAUACCUACAAGUGUGACCUGCGCAAAAGAGAAGAAAUCUACGCAGUGGCAGAACAGGUUAAAAGGGAAGUGGGUGAUGUAGACAUCCUAAUCAACAAUGCAGGUGUCCUUAAAGGAAAGAUUUUCCUUGAUCUUCUUGACUCAGAUAUGGAAGAAACAUUAGAAGUGAACACUACUGCUCAUUUCUGGACUUGCAAAGCCUUUCUUCCAGCUAUGAUUGCCCGCAACAAAGGUCAUUUGGUUUCUAUUGCUAGUGUAUCAUCACUAGUGGCGUCCAAUAAACUAACAGAUUAUACUGCAAGUAAAGCUGCAGCAUUUGGGUUUUUGGAAUCUCUUGCUUUUGAAAUGAGAGCGGCAGGAAAGAAAGGCAUUAAAACCACCAUUGUCUGUCCUUAUUAUGUGGACACAGAAUUAGUUACAGGGGUACAAACUACCCGGCCAUUUCUAUUUCCUAUUUUGGAUGUAGGCUAUGUUGGGAAGAAAAUUGUGGAUGGUAUUCUGAAAGAGAAACUUUAUGUUGUCUUGCCACCAUAUGCCCGAUUCAUUCUUCUUAAAAUAUUUCUUCCUGCAAAAGUGGUUUUCCUUCUUGUAGAAUAUCUUGGUCUCCUCAAUAAUCUAGAUCACUUCAGAGGUGAAGUUCAAAGAGGACAAGUCACAAAGGACUCAACGGGACUUCCUCUUGAAGACUGAUUUCUGCCUACAAAGGUGGUUUUGCCUACUUGUAGAGUUUUGGUAUUCUUCGGGAAUUUAAAUCACUUCAAAAGCCAUAUUACAAGAGGACAUAAAACAAAGGACUGUGAAAUGCUUUACUACAUCCUAAAUGAGAAAUCUUCUUCUUGGUAACUGGUGGACUCCAUACCUAGGUGAUCUUCUGCUUCAUAUACUUCUACUAGACUAGUUAGCAUUGUUCACUUAUCCUAUACAUGCAUAAACUUCAAAUAUCAGAUACUAUAUUAAAAAUAGCAAAAUGGUACUGUUGGUGACAUUUAUCUUCAUAUUACUGUAAAUGCAUGGCAAAAUAUAUCAUUUAGAGGAGGUUCCCCAGCCCCUGGGUUAAUGACUAUUAUGUACACCAGUCUGUGGCACAUUUGAGAAAACAAACUGGGACUUGGGAAAGCUAAUGAUAGUUCCCGCUUCAAACAAAGACCUAGUGGAUGAUUUAUUAUGUCUCAGUCAUAAUCCCUAGCAGAAACAUGCAAGUACAAAGUAUUUGUUAAAGACUUUAAACUUUCUGACCUUUCCAAAACGUCAGGACCCUCUAGGUGUUUUGGUGUUAUUUCAUUACCUCUUACUUCUUAGCCAUAGGCCCCAUAUACUCUAUCUACACUGACCAUUUAAUGCAGUUUCAACCAAUACUGAAGAAAGAGUUUUCACUGUGCCGAUUAUUACACAGAAAAUUCUGGAACCACUCUGAGUCCCAGAUAGUGAUUAUAUAAACUACAAGAUUAUAAAUGGGUUCUAUAGCUGUGUGGAAGGGCCUUGAGUCUACACUGCCAUAUAAUCCAGUGCAAAUUAGAUAAUCUGUGGAAGAAGCCUACAUCGGCCUGUCCCCUAACUGAAACCUGGCUGUCCCUUGGUUGCUAGGCAACGAAGUGGGCAGAGAUUAGCCCUCUAAACUGGCAGCAAUUGGAUAAAAACAAUUAUUGCUCUCCCUCUAAUUAGGACUUUAUUUUUCUUUUCUUUUUGUUGUAUCAACCUUGAGGCGUGGAUGAUGGGUUGUGUUGUCAAAUUUCGAGGUUGGGGGGCCUGUAGUUUUGUUGUUUUGUCCACUGCCCUGAUGCCAUCACUCUUUUAUAUAUAUAGACAGAGCACUGAUACACAUUAAGAGAUUUCUUUCACAUGCUUUAGUGGGAGUCUGUUGUCUGGCCACCAAAAUUUAAAGCCAUAGAUUCAACAUCUCAAGGAAUAAGCACAGUUGGUACAUAAGUUUUAAAUUGCAAAACCACCCCUGGCCACCAUAGAAACCUAGGCACAACAGGUUACACUCCUCCUAAAGACACAGGUUUGCAAUUUGAGUAUAAUCCUGGACUCAGCAUUGAAUCUGGAGGCCCAGGUUUCUAUGGUGGCCAGGAGUGGCUUCACAGUUUAAAACCUAUACACCAACUGUACUUGUUCCUUGAGAUACUGGAUCUAGCUAUGAUAAUAAGUGCCUUAAUUACAUCUCAUUUAAAUUACUGUAAUACACUCUACAAGGAGCACACCACUCCCUUUUUGCAACAACUCCAAUGACUGCCAGUGGUGCUGUGCUAUGAUCGAUAAAGCUCUAUAUGGCUCACGUUCAAGCAAUUUGGCAGACUGCAUCUCCCUGUAUGAACUGGCCCAGGCUCUGAGAUCAUCAUGUUGUCAAGCCACAGCACCCCCCUCAAAGAUUUAUAGACCAUAAAGAGACUCCAAGUAAGAUAUUAUUUUUUUUGUUAUUUUUGAAAUUUUUUCCAUGACUCCAAACUUGCAAAAUGUCAAAGCUUUUAGAGGCUCUGGGGUGGACCUAGCAGCAGCUGUACCCUAAAACUCUAUCAAAUCUAAUCCUUCAAUCAAUGUAUCAACUUGUAUCAUUUAUGUAUUGUGUCAAUUCUUAAAUAUAUAAACUGUAUCAGAUAUAUGUAUCAAAAUGUGUCUUGAAGGCAGCUGCCUCCCUCUGUCUUCAGUUUGCAUAAUCCCUUGGGAAAGAAUAACAUGGCUAGGGUCCCUCUUGCUAUUUCCGAAGCCAGAUAAAUAUCAACACCUGUGUGUGUGAGGGGGAAAAGGUUUAACUAAAAAGGAUUGGAGUGAAAGAAUGUGGGAAUAUAUGCUAAUGGUCAACCUAGCCAAUAACAGGAGGAACAAAAGUAAUGAGGACUUUUUGGAAAAGUGGAAGUUGGUCAUGGCAUAUCUGAGUGGAGAGUUAGUGACAUAGAGGAAGAGGUUUUAUUUUGUGUGGGAUAGGGGUUUUGGGUGCGUGUAUAGUCUGUAAUACAUCGUGUGUUGUUGUUUGAAUGUUAUGGUGAACUCUUAUAUUACGAAAAAUUAAAUGAGAAGAAAGUAUAGACUGAAAAUAGUGGAUAACAAUAAGAAGUAGCAACUUUAUAUGUAGAAAUAGCAAGACUAAAUUAUGUAUUUUAAGUUACUGAUUUUAAUAUGCAUGCAAUGUCAAAGAUAGCUUGUUUGACUAAUGUAGAUAUGCAUGUAUUAUUGUUACUUGAUGAUAUCUGCUAUGAUCUGUUGUUCUGGUAUGUACCAUAACACUAAUAAAAUUAAAAUAAAAACC